GCCGAGCAAUUCAAAUCUCAAAUGCUAGAUAUUGCGGCUGCCAUCAACUAUUCGGAAGAAAAGACAACUGCAACUGACAUACCAAGGUUUUAUGCCGAAGAUGCCAUGAAGGAUUUCCAGUUAGGAGACAAGAACUGGGAAAACUUGAUUGAGAAAGCAAAGAAUCAACCAUCACUUCGAAAAAUGAAACAAGCCAGUAUGCAACGAGGUCUAAUGGAAGCGAACCAUAGGAAGCACCGCGAAAUGGCCAAAUCAUCACUUAAUGCAAAGAAAUCAAAGAUGAGCGAGCCACGACAUACACCCAGUGAACCUAAAAGUCCUAGGUUUACCACGGCCGAUUACGUAGUGCCUCCCGGUAUGGCUAUUCCACGGAAACCCGCUUCGAUGGAGCAAAAGAUCACAAUUGCACCAAAGAAGGCAGAAGAUAUUCUCUGGAGCCCAAACAAGCUGGAACAAUCCCAAGACUAUUAUACCAGUGUAUCUGUAAGUAUAAUAAGCGGUAAUGUGGUAAAUGCAGAUUGUACAUUAACGCUUACGCUAUGGCUUAGUCUAGGGGAAGCUCAUACAUAUCCUUGCCGCCAACUCCACUAAGCAUGGUUGACAGUUCAGACAUUGUUGGGUUAAAUGGUCGUGACACAUAUUCAAAGCAAGGGAAAAGCGAGGUAUGAUA